AAUAAACCUGUUAUUGUGGCUCCAGACACAGACACACACACACACACAGAGAGAGAGAGAGAGAGAGAGAGAGAUUUGGGGGAUUAUGGUUUGGUCCCUAGUGACUUUGAUCGACCCAUGAUGUCUCCUAAUCUCCAAAUUUCAGCUCACAUUGCUUCUUCUGCUUCUCCUUCAGAAAGGUGAUCUGGGUAUGUCUUAUUUUCUCGAUUUGUGCCGUGGGAAUUGGGUUUUUUGAUGGUUUGGGUUUCUAUAAAUGGUGCGUUUUGUCUGGAAUCUUUCUAAAUGUGGAAAAUUCUGGUGCUCCCAUUUUCCUUGGAAUCUGGGUUUUGUUUACUUGUUCGGAAAAUGUGGGUAAAGAGAAGGAAAUUGAAGUUUUAAAAGAGGGGCGCAACCCUAGUACACAGGAAAUAUACAAAAGAAGCCGCUAUACAGAGGAAAUAAAAGAACAAGAAAGUAAAAAGUCAGCGAACAACAUACUACUCGGGCUAUGCGCCGACACCCCAAGGUAUAACAUAUUAAGCACAUUUCUACAAAGAGCUCCAACCGAAACCUCCACAUCCUCAAAAAGCCUAGAAUUUCUCUCAUGCCACAAGUCCCACAAAACACAUAAAGGAACCUGCUUCCAAAUACGGAAACCAGGACCACGACCCAGCACAGUGCCCCAACCAGUCAAUAAAUCCAACACACUACUAGGCAUAAUCCACUCCACCCCAAACAAGCUAUAAAAAAAACUCCAAACAACCCGUGCCACAUCACAAUGAAGAAGGAGGUGAUCAACGGACUCCCCAUGCUUCCUAAAUUGGGAUGGCUAUGAGUAUCACGUCAGCAUACUUCCAUUAGCAUUUGUGGUAUAAUUUCUUCUGGGGUUUCUUACAGAACCUAGAUGGGUUCCAGAUUCCCAUCUCAUCAGCUAAGAAAUGGCCUUUAUGUAUCAGGGCGGCCAGAGCAGCCAAAGGAAAAAACUCCAACCAUGAGCUCUGCCGCCAUGCCUUAUACUGGUGGAGAUAUCAAGAAGUCGGGGGAACUUGGAAAAAUGUUUGAUAUCCCUGUCGAUGGCUCUAAAUCUAGGAAAUCUGGACCUAUGAGUGGUGCUCCUUCAAGGACUGGAUCUCUUGGAGGCUCUGCUACACAUUCAGGACCAAUGGCUAAUGCUGCAGCACGGGCUGGGUAUACCACUUCAGGUCCUGUAUCUUCCGGAGGCAUGUCUGGUUCGGCUUCAUUAAAGAAAUCGAAUUCUGGACCACUAAAUAAGCAUGGUGAGCCUUUGAAGAAGUCAUCUGGUCCUCAAUCUGGCGGAGUAACACCAACAGGCCGCCAAAACUCUGGGCCUCUUCCUCCUGUGCUCCCUACAACAGGUCUCAUUACAUCUGGGCCCAUUUCUUCAGGCCCUCUAAAUUCUUCUGGGGCCCCUAGGAAGGUAUCUGGUCCUUUAGAAUUUAUGGGAUCGAUGAAAUUACAAGGUUCCGCUGUUGUUCACAAUCAGGCUGUGACUAUUCUUACCCAAGAUGAUGACUUUUCCUUCAAGAAGAACUUUCCUAAGUUAGUGUUGUGGUCACUAAUUCUACUUUUUGUGAUGGGGUUCAUUGCUGGUGGUUUUAUUCUUGGAGCAGUCCACAAUUCCAUUCUCCUCAUUGUGGUUGUGGUUCUUUUCGGUGCAGUUGCUGCAUUAUUCAUCUGGAAUACUUUUUGGGUGAGAAGAGCUAUUAUUGAUUAUGUUUCUCGUUAUCCUGAUUCAGAGCUUAGAACUGCAAAGAAUGGGCAAUAUGUGAAGGUCUCUGGGGUGGUCACCUGUGGUAACGUGCCCCUUGAGUCAUCUUUCCAAAAUAUUCCUAGAUGUGUAUAUACGUCUACAAGUUUAUUUGAGUAUCGAGGAUGGGAUUCAAAAGCUGCCAACCCUUCACACCGUCAUUUUACUUGGGGUCUCAGAUCAUUGGAAAGGCGCGUGGCUGACUUCUACAUCUCCGAUUUCCAGUCUGGGUUAAGAGCGUUGGUAAAGACUGGCUAUGGAGCAAGGGUGACUCCUUAUGUUGACGACUCAAUUGUCAUUGAUGUUAAUCCAGAGAAUGAAGAAUUGUCCCAAGAGUUCAUCAGGUGGCUGGGGGAGAGGAACCUCUCAACAGACGAUCGCCUAAUGCGGUUGAAAGAAGGGUAUAUCAAAGAAGGAAGCACAGUUAGCGUAAUGGGAGUUGUUCAGAGAAAUGACAAUGUGCUUAUGAUUGUCCCUCCGCCGGAGCCAUUCACAACGGGAUGCCAAUGGGCAAAAUGUAUUUUCCCUGCUAGCCUCGAGGGUGUUGUUUUAAGGUGCGAAGACACUACGAAGAAUGAUGUCAUACCAGUUUAGCAGUAUGUGAGCUGUAAAUUUCUUCUGCUAUUGUCUUUCUGGGGAAGUAUUCUUUUUUUUUUUUUUUUUUUUAUUCCUCUAUUAAUAUUGAUGGUGCUGGUGGUGGGAGAAACAAGUGAUGGAGAUUCUGAUGGUUUAAUGGGCGUGGUGUCUUGGUGUAUAAAUUUCCAGUGAAUUUUUUUUUUUUUUUUUCUAGGGUUGAGAUGUUUUUUAAUGGGGAUGGUCAGUGGGGGGGGGGGGGGAUUAGAUUGAGGUUAUGUUAAAUAGAAGGGAAAUAUUAUUUGUGAUUGAGCAUGUUGUCUAUAUACAGAACUGACAUUGUUUUAUCUGCAUAUCCAUGUGCUGAAAUUACCUCAAUUUUAUUUAUCCAUUAUUUCUUGGGAAAUUUA